AUGGGCACAGGCUACUCGGUGGCCAGGGGUGCAGCGGCGGUGGGGGCAGAAGUCGCUGCUGCCGGUGCUAAGGCCGGCGCUGCCGUCGGCGCUGAGGCCGCAGAGGCAUAUAUGAUGUCCGGAGGGGUGGCACCAGCAGACGCCUGGCUUAUAGGCCGGACUCAUGGCAGCUCGUUUUCAGGCGAAAUCGCCGCGGGUUCAGGCAGAACCGCCUCGUCUUCAGGGUCAACCGAAUUCUUUUCGGCACGAGGAAGCGCCGCCUCAGAUUCUUCAGGCUCGCGAGGCAUGAGCCUGCCAGAGGCAUCAGAUUUUGGGGUUGAAGGACCCCUGGAUCCUCCACCCUCACCUGAAUUGCCCGGCUCACCUGAGUUGCCCGGCUCCCCAGGAUCCACCGGAACUGUAAUUCGUCACCCGCCAGCAGAAGGAGCGGCGAGAGGGGCGGCGGCUGAAGACGCGGCGGCAGAAGGAGCAGCGGCAGAAGCAGAAGCAGAAGCAGCAGCACCAAAGAAACCACAGAAGCCAACGGACCCGAAGAUCCAUCGAUGGCAAGACUGGUACACGGUAGACGAGAUCUUAGCAGCACCGGAGGCAGACAGAUUCCACAUACUCAGAGGGUCGGACGUCUUCAUAAAGGUUCCCUACUUUCAUCAGGACCAUAUACCAGUAAAGUUGAGAAAUACUGAUGGCUUUGGAAGAGUGGUCCGGCGUUUUAUCAGAAGGGAGGGAGCCUUCACAGGAGAGGAUGUUUGCCUCCUUUUCAAGCGAAGGCCCGGGCAGCUGACGGGCAAAGAGUUCCUGGACAGGGUAGGCAGGCCGGCACGCGCCAGUAAGGCUGCACAGCUCGACGCCAUGUCAGGAAGAGAGUUUGCCAAAUUGACCGGGCCGGAACUGCAAAAGAUGAUGCCAGGCCCUACGAGGCAAGAUGUCGGGGAGCGCGUGUAUUCUACCACCAGCUUCGGUCUCAUGGGCACAGGGGCUACCUGGGGGACCAUAGCGUCCAAACUCGAGGAAGAAAAAGCGAAAGAGAAGUACAAGAACGUCCACAAGCGCGCCGAGAGCGACCAUGCUUCGCCUGCCAUGGCCCGGCCACACCAGGCGCAGACCACCCUCGUCGUCACCCAAGGGCUGACAUGGAUGUAUACGGACCCACUGCCGGCACUGGGCAUAUACACGGCCAACGACACCACAUCCUCAGUGUUUGACGGCGAUUAUAUCACCGUGCCCAUGUCGACAGGCGCCGAGUACACGCUCACCUUUCCGCCCGAGGUGCAGCAGAUUCACCUUACCAAUGCCAGCCCCCGGCCAAUCUGUGUGGCAGGAGUCAACCUCACGACCUUGGACAGUUACUGGAUGAGUUUGAGUGACAAUCAGGUCAUGAAUGAGUCGACGUCGUGCACCUGGAUUGACAACAGCGCAGAAGGCAUCGGUAUUGCUGGGUUGACUUUUGAGUUGGUCCCUGAUGACAAUGUUCCGGGGGAGGUCGAUGGGGGCAAUGAGGAGGAAGUGCAAGAGAUUCGCGGCUCUUUUACCAAGCGGCGGGUGGAGAAGGCGAGAAAGAUCAAGGAGUUUGAGAGCUUGAAGCUGUAG